AUUCCGGGUUACGUGUGCUCGAGUUCCCCGCCUUUUCACGAAUCGUAGGAUGUCGCACCCUAGAUGUUUUGACCAAUUUGUAACCAAAUGUAACGUUACUACGUGAUUAAUGUAUUUUUACUUGAUUUUACAGAUAAUGUAACUUGUAAUUGUUGCAAUAAUUCGACAUUACAGCCAUGUUGCUUCCGUCUGACAUAGCGCGGCUCGUUUUAGGAUACAUGCAACAAGAGGGACUGUGUUCUACAAGCCAGGCAUUCAUUCGUGAAAGCCCCAAUUUGAAGGAGUACGCAGAACACAGCUCAGAUGAUGCAACUAUUCCUGCUUGUGUGUUUUCCCUCUUUGGGAAAAACCUGACAACUAUUUUGAAUGAGUAUGUUGCUGUCAAAGCUAAAGAGACGAUUGAAGAGACUCAGAUACCUGUCAUGAUGACAUCAUUGUGGAAAAAGCUUGAUUUCACACUCAAUCAAAUCAAGUCUAUGCAAAACUCCCCAGCUAUUAUCCAGAAUCAAAGACUCCGCACACUUAAUGGAAUCGUGAACAUGAGGGGGAGACAGAGAGCCUUGUCAUCAACGCAGUCCCCCAGCUCUGGGUUUCUGUCAUCGUCGGCCCAGGGCAUCGCCACCCCAGUCUGCUACAGCUCCCAGCAGACCAGACCCUCCCCCAUCUGCGGCACACAGCCCCAGAUCCAAGAUGGAGGACGUCUGCUCAUUAAUGUGAACCGGGAGUCACCUUUGCAAAUAACGGUUCCAGACAACCGGUUAACCACAGGACCAUUAUCCCCAGGGCGUCGGAAAUGUGACUCCCCCAGGAGGAGAGGUGGGGGCUCCAGUGGAUUGGGUGGGACUGGAAGAGCCAACAUGGCGGCCAGUAGCCUGACAGCAGAGCCCCAGAGUGAAGAGGUAGUCACAGAGAAUUUCCCUCAAAUGUUGAUACAAAAUGCAAGAGAGAGGAUUCUAAAUGACAAGUCCUUACAAGAGAAGCUUGCUGAAAACAUCAACAAAAUUCUAGCAAGUGAUGUCAGUCCACAGGCUUUAAAGGCAUCAUGCAGCACCAUGGAGCCUGACCAGUCAAUAGAUGAAAUUCUGGGCCUGCAGGGGGAGAUUCAUAUGUCUAAUGAUGUUAUACAAGACAUUUUGGAGCAGACAGAGUCCGACCCAGCCUUCCAGGCUCUUUUUGACCUCUUUGAUUACGGCAAAAGCAAAACCAGUGAGGAUACUGAACAAGGAGCUGGGAACGUGAGCAAUACCACCACAGAGAAUGGUGAGCCUGAGACUAGAUGUAUUGACGGCUCUCCUGAGACUGGAGACCCAGGCACUGGGCCUGAAAACUCAACAUGUGGACAAGAAAAUAGAGUAACAAAGUCCAGUCAAGAGCCCAGGAGUAAGAAAACAAGGAAAUCUGCACCUCCUGUUUCAAGCACUUCAAAGGCAACUCCUGGACCCAGUAGCAGAGGGUUGAGAAAGGGAGCUAGCUCAACAACUCCUGGACCCAGUAGCAAAGGGGUGAGAAGGGGAGAUAUUGCAACUCGACCCUCGGCACGUAUUGAUCAACUUACCGCCGCUGCUUCUUCUGCCGCAAACGACUCUGAUUGGGUUGACUCAGGCUCCAUCUUUAAUCCGGAUGUAUCAGGCGUGGAUAUAGACAAACCUCUCAAUACCCCCCUUGACAGUAUAGCUCCGCCAGAUGUCUUUGAGCCAGUCAGACAGGAGAGUGGAACAAUUUGUCCGGCGUCAGCAUGCAACACACCUUCAUCUGAAACCAGGACGGUCUCUGCUGUGAAAAACAUAUUAGGCAAUGAGAACACAGUGGGGGCUGAUGGUAGACAAGUGAUGGAUAACCAAGCUUUACUUCUUAACUCUUCACCUUCCCUGUCCAAUUCCAUGCCAAUGCUGGAUCAGUCAAACAAGGCUCCCAUACAGGCCUCUAACCUGCCUCAUAGGAAUAUUACCCCUCCCAGCAGUGUAGGAAUUUCACAACCUCUACCACAGACCAUACACUCUAUGGCUGUCCCCUCAACAGUUACAACAACUCCUGCUGCCCCAACCUUCAUCCCAAACCCCAACUCUACAGGCAAGGAAGUAGACCCCAGUAAGAUUGUGGCCCUGAAGAUCAUAAUCAGCGAUGAGCAGGAGGAGCCCUCCAGUGACUCUGCCCUGAACCAGGCUGUGUCCAGCAUCACUGGGGAUAGGAUCCCCACCAUCUUCCUCUCCUCUCCCACCAAGUCACCUGCUAAGGCCCCGGCCCUCAGUGGAGCCCCAAUGGCUCAGGAGGAGACUGUGCAGGCGGUGAGCAGCUUACAGAGGACAGAAGUCCUCCUGCCAGCAGAGACCAAUCCUCUUAGUGGGAAAGCAGGGGAUGUGGCAGCAUUGGCAGGGACGUCAUCUGCGUUGACACAGCCUGGCUACUACAUUCAGCUGCCCUUUGAUUCAGCCACAUCCACCAACAGCUACAUCUUAGUGACAGACACAACAGCUACAGACCUCCAGUCCAACAAGGUGAUAUUACCCAGUAGCGCCCCACAGGUACAGACUGUACCCCCUACCUCAUAUACUCUGGCCACUCCACCCUGCUAUUCUCCUGGAUCUAGACUCAUCAUAUCUUCACCAGUUCAGCCAAUGCUGCAAAGCAUGGUGGUUCCUGUAUCUGUUGUUGGGCAGAACAAUGCAACACAGUUCUCAGUAGUUCCUAAUCAGUUGAUAGCCAUGCCUAGCCCUGCUUCAGCAAAGCAGCCAGCAGCAGUGAAUACUGACCCUAAACUGGCUCCCAAGGACACCACAGUCUCAGGAAAAACGGGAGCUUCUGGAUCAAAUAUAGUUACAAAGCAGGUCCACCCGCCAGCCUCUGAAAGCACAGGGCAGCAGAAGGUGGUAGCAGUUGGCUCGAGCCCCAGCCAUAGAAGGAUGCUUUGCUUUGAUGGGUCUGCUGGUGAAACUUCCACGUCCAAAGCUACAGCUACUGCUGUAUCGCCUGUCCAACAGGUGGAGAAAGAGAUACCUAAAUCUGCCUCUGCUAUCUUGGGGAGCAGCAGGCCAAAAAGGAGAAUAGAGACUGUAAGAUGUACAGACAACACUCAGACAUCAUGGACCGGAACGGAGACGGAGAAAUCCUCCACUGUCCAAAAGCAGAAAGAAGCUGCGAAAAAGACCCCUUCAAAGAGGGACGCAGAUCAAAAUGCUAGAGGUCAAAGUGCAAGUACCAGUAGAUCUCAGAGUGCUGGUAGCAGUAGGACUGAUGCUUCACAGUCCAGGAAGAGAUCUCAAUCAGCAGACAAGAAGGAUGAUGGUGGAGCAGGACCUAAGGAUGCCCAGAGCUCCAGGUCAUCUUCCUCUGAUCACAGACUGAGAUCAGGGAGCAGGAAAGAGAAAGACUCAUAUAGACAAGAGCCUACUGAGAAAUCUCCUGCCAAGGAGCGGGAGGGAUGGACAGAGAAAAGGACAUCUUCUCAGGAUCCCCCUCAUGUCACUGCCAAUAAGGAGAAUGAGCUGGAGGGGGGAAGGCGAGAGCAGCAGCCCACACCAGCACCAAGAGAAUUCAGCCCGGCCCCACAAACCCCUGUCCCCCAGGCUUGCUCCAGCAAAUUCCCCUCCAAGACCAGCCCACUGACCAAGCAGGCAGCUGAAAUGCUCCACAACAUCCAGUGUCUAAACCCUCCCUCCACCCCUCCUAAGAAGCCUGGCAUGGGCUGUCUGGAGCUGCCUCUUCCUCGGACCCCUGGCCGUCUCCAGGAGUCUCUAUACUGCCCCAGGACCCCUGCACGUCAGAAGCUAGACAGAAACGGAGAGGGCACCCCCAGGCACCUGGUCCCUCCCACCACCCCGGACCUUCCCUCCUGCAGCCCAGCCAGCGAAGCAGGGAGUGAAAACAGCAUCAACAUGGCGGCUCACACACUGAUGAUCCUAUCCCGAGCCGCCAUUGCCAGGACAGGCACCCCACUGAAAGACAGCUUGCGCCAGGAGGGGGCUGGAGCAGUGACCCCUGUAGCCUUCAAGAGCAAGAAGCGCAAGCAGCCUGAGCCCCUGGCCAGCCCGCCAGCAAAGAAAGAUAUCUCAGGUUCAUCUGGCAGUAAGAAGAAAGCAAAGAAACAGCAGAAACUAAUGGAUUCCUUCCCCGAUGACUUGGAUGUGGAUAAGUUCCUGUCUUCACUGCAUUAUGAUGAGUGAUGGGUUAUAGCAGUUGGACAAUGAGAUGAGAAUCUCCCAAACACUACCUACCUACUCUCCAGGAAUUGAACAAGCCAUAAUUUACUGUCACAGUGCCUAUGGUUAAAUCAUAGGUGUUAGGCACCUGUGGUCUAGUGGAGCAUGUCCUCAGCUAUUAUUUUUUCUUCGUUGGUAUGCCUGCUUGUAGGGUUUGUCCUACAUCCUUUGGCGUAACAACUAAUUAUACAUGUGAUGUAUAUACUGUAUAGACAUUAUUGCAGAAAUGCUAGAUUGAGAGCACUUUGGUUCCAUUCAAGGACUGUAAUGUUAAGAAUGGUUUCCCAAUCUUGUAUUAAUGUUUUCAAGAAUUCAACCCUUUUUCAAUAUUUCACUGUGUCUAAACUUUAAAUGAUCCACCCAACACACUAUGGCUGUGGUUAGACAGGCAGCACAAUUCUGAUCUUUAUUUCACUAAUUGGUAUUUUGACCAGAUCAGCUGUGAAAAAGAUUGGUCAGAAAGACCAAUUAGUGGGAAAAAAUAUCAGAAUUGGGCUGCGUGGUGUGUGUAAAAUACAUUUGUGCAGAUGUUUUCUUUACUAGUGAUUUUUAAAUUAAAUCUUGUUUUAGGAAAAUCUA